CUCUCUGCUCUCUCUCUCCACUCUCUCUCUCCACCACGUACACUAGUAACCUUUUCCCCCAACUCAAGGUUCUUCCUUGUCAUCUUGUUGCCGAAUUCGCUAAUCUUUACCCACAAGAGGUUUUUCGUUUUUCCGACAUCCAUGGGUUCUUAUUCGGGUGGAUUCCAUGGAUCCUUGGAUGGGUUCGAUUUCGAUAGCGAGUUUGAUGAUUUGCCUGGCUCAAACCAAACCUUAGGUCUAGCAAAUGGCUUCUAUCUAGAUGACCCUCUCUUAAAUUUUGCAUCUUUGGAUCAUUCGUCUGCUCUCUCAGAGACAUAUCCCCAUAACAGCAACAAAUCUGCACCAGCAGAUCCAUUAUCUUCCCCAUCCGAUGAUGCUGAUUUCUCGGAUUCCGUUUUGAAAUACAUAAGCCAAGUGCUUAUGGAGGAGGACAUGGAGGAGAAGCCCUGUAUGUUUCACGACGCCUUAGCCCUUCAAGCAGCCGAGAAAUCUCUCUACGAGGCCCUCGGCGAGAAGUACCCUUCUUCUUCCUCUAUGGACCAUCGAGCUUACCAAGAGAAAUUAGCUGAUGAUAGUCCUGAUGGUUACUGUUCAGCUGGUGGCUUCAGUGAUUACGCUAGCACCACCACCACCACUUCCUCUGAUUCACACUGGAGUGUUGAUGGUUUGGAGAAUAGGCCUUCUUGGUUACAGACUCCCAUCCCUAGUAAUUUUGUUUUCCAGUCCACUUCUAAGUUGAACAGUGUCACGGGUGGUGGUAAUAGUACAGUCUCCGGGUCAGGUUUUGGCGAUGAUUUGAUUUCGAGUAUGUUCAAAGAUAGUGAAUUGGCUAUGCAGUUCAAGAGAGGGGUUGAGGAAGCUAGUAAAUUCCUUCCUAAAUCUUCUCAGCUCUUCAUCGACGUGGAGAAUUACAUUCCGAAGAAUCCGGGGUUCAAGGAAAGUGGUUCUGAGGUUUUUGUUAAGACGGAGAAGAAGGAAGAGACAGAGCAUCAUAACUCUGCUGCUCCUCCUCCUCCUCCCAACAGAUUAACUGGAAAGAAGAGCCAUUGGCGCGACGAGGAUGAAGAUUCCGUCCAAGAAAGAAGUACCAAGCAAUCUGCCGUGUAUGUUGAGGAAACCGAGCUUUCUGAAAUGUUUGACAAGAUUUUGCUAUGUGGCUCUAGACAACCUGUAUGCAUUACUGAACAGAAGUUUCCAACAGAACCCGCCAAAGUUGAGACAACACAGCAAACUGUGAAUGGAGCAAAGAGCCGUGGAAAUAAAUCAACUGCUAACACUAAUAUUAGUAUUAAUGAUUCUAAGAAAGAAACUGCUGAUUUGAGGACUCUUUUGGUAUUAUGUGCACAAGCUGUAUCAGUGGAUGAUCGUAGAACCGCCAAUGAAAUGUUAAGACAGAUACGGGAGCAUUCAUCGCCUUUGGGCAAUGGGUCAGAGAGAUUGGCUCAUUAUUUCGCAAAUAGUCUUGAAGCUCGCUUAGCUGGUACUGGUACACAGAUCUACACCGCUUUAUCUUCGAAGAAAACAUCUGCAGCAGACAUGUUGAAGGCUUACCAGACAUACAUCUCAGUCUGUCCUUUCAAGAAAGCCGCCAUCAUAUUUGCUAACCACAGCAUAAUGCGUUUGACAGCAAACGCAAACAUGAUCCACAUCAUAGAUUUUGGAAUAUCUUACGGUUUUCAGUGGCCUGCUCUGAUUCAUCGCCUCUCUUUCAGACCUGGUGGUCCGCCUAAGCUCCGUAUAACCGGGAUAGAGCUUCCUCAGCGAGGUUUUAGACCAGCUGAAGGAGUCCAGGAGACAGGUCAUCGCUUGGCUCGAUACUGUCAGCGUUACAAUGUCCCGUUUGAGUACAACGCGAUUGCUCAGAAAUGGGAAACGAUCAAAGUCGAAGACUUGAAGAUUCAACAAGGAGAGUUUGUGGUUGUUAACUCCCUGUUCCGUUUCAAGAACCUUUUAGAUGAGACCGUUGUGGUAAACAGUCCGAGAGAUGUGGUUUUGAACCUGAUAAGGAAAGCAAAACCGGAUGUCUUCAUCCCGGCGAUCCUAAGCGGAUCCUACAACGCACCAUUCUUUGUGACCAGGUUUAGAGAAGCCUUGUUUCAUUACUCAGCUCUGUUUGAUAUGUGUGACUCGAAGCUGACGAGGGAAGACGAGAUGAGGCUGAUGUUUGAGAAAGAGUUUUAUGGAAGAGAGAUUAUGAAUGUUGUGGCUUGUGAAGGGACGGAGAGAGUGGAGAGACCAGAGACUUACAAGCAGUGGCAGGCGAGAGUGAUCCGAGCCGGGUUUAGACAGCUUCCGCUUGAGAAAGAACUGAUGCAGAAUCUGAAGUUGAAAAUCGAAAACGGGUACGAUAAAAAUUUCGAUAUUGAUCAAAAUGGUAACUGGUUGCUUCAAGGUUGGAAAGGUAGAAUCGUGUAUGCUUCAUCUAUUUGGGUCCCUUCUUCUUCUUCUUCUUCUUCUUGAUAAAUGUUCCUUCUUGUGGUCCUAAGUAAUUUAUGUAGAACUCUUCUGUUGAUAGCCUCUCGCCAACACGAGUGGAUUGGGUUCAGAGUUAGGGUUCCUAAACACUAGGGUAUUGUUAUAUGCUUGUGACAUAGCAUCUGUAAUAGUAUAGCAUAAAAGAUUAGUUGUACUAAAUGUUCACGCCAUCUUAUGUUUGCAUAAAUAAUGAAAAGCUAGUUUUUCUU